UUCUUGAUCAUAAGACUUGAUAUUUUUUAUAUCGUUGUGUGGUAUCUUCUGAUUUUAGUUUGAAUACCUUGUAAUUUGAUUCUAUCAUUGCAUGGUAAUAUUAGACUAUAUUUCGAAUAUUCGAGUGUUGCUCUGGUUUGUAAUUAUUGAUUUGUGUUGGCUUGCGAUAAUUAGGCAAGGGUUCAAAUUUAGUACAAGCAACUCGUGAUGGACAAGAGUUGGAUGGAUCAUGCUAGGCAUACAAAAACGUAUAUUGAAGGGGUCAAACAAUUUAUACAAUUUGCAUUUACCAAUUCUGCUAGAGGGAGCAAGAUAUUAUGUCCUUGUAAAAUCUGUGUGAACUGUGCAUGGAAGGAAUCUAGUGUUGUCUAUGAGCACUUAGUAUGCGAUGGGUUCUUGGAAGGGUAUAAAAAAUGGUUGUAUCAUGGGGAGGGACCGUUAUGCCUUCCACAACGGUGCGAGACUGUCAAGUUUCAAAACGACGAGGUUGAAGAUGAGGACAUAUUUGAGGUACUUGAUGAGAUACCUGAAAUGCUUGAAGAUAUAGGACAUGAAUUUGGUGAAGUUGGGGAUGGUGGUGGGAAUGAUGGUGACCUAAGGGAGGAUGGAAGUGAUCCAAAUAUAGAGGCCUUUCACCAAUUAUUAGAUGAUGCAGGGCAACAACUUUAUCCUGGGUGCACAAGCUUCUCAAAGCUACACUUUGUAGUUAGAUUACUCCACACCAAAUUUCUUGGGGGUUGGAGUGAUAAGAGUUUUAACAUAUUGCUCGAGCUGCUUAAUAAGGCCUUUCCAGGGGACUCGCCACUUCCUAAGAACUUUCAUGAAGCAAAGAAGAUGAUAAAAUGCCUUGGACUAGGUUAUGUUAAUAUACAUGCAUGUGAGAAUGAUUGCAUAUUAUUUCGAAAGCAAUAUGCAAAUGCAGACCAAUGCCCUAUAUGCAAAACUUCUCGGUGGAAAUCUGAAAAGAAGAGCCUUGAUGGGAAACGUGUACACCAAGUACCAAGAAAGGUUCUUCGUUAUUUUCCAAUAAAGAAGAGGCUUCAGCGGCUGUUCAUAUCAAAGAAGAGUGCAACAGAUGCAAGAUGGCAUGAUGAAGGACGCAUAAGAGAUGGUUUAGUGAGGCAUCCUGCAGAUUCUCCUGCAUGGAAACAUUUUGAUGUGACACAUCCAAAAUUUGCUGAAGAUAGUCGCAACAUGUCUAUUUCAGCCUGA